CGGCCUUCCGGGCCCCUGCGGAGUUCGCCUCCGCCUCGUUUCCGCUUCCGGUUCAAGGUCAGGGACAAGAUGGUGCCGCCGGUGCAGGUCUCUCCGCUCAUCAAGCUCGGCCGCUACUCCGCCCUGGUCCUCGGCGUGGCCUACGGAGCCAAGCGCUACAGCUACUUAAAACCUCGGGCGGAAGAGGAGAGGAGGGUCGCCGCGGAGGAGAAGAAGAAGCAGGAUGAGCUGAAGCGGAUUGAGAGAGAACGGGCAGAAGCCCAAGAUGACAGCAUAUUGAAGUGAGGCACCGAGCCUGCCUCUCCCCAGCCAGCAGAUGAAUAAAGCUUCUCCCUGUGUGA